AUGGAUGUCAAGAACUCCUUUCUUAAUGGUGAUCUCACUGAGGAAGUUUAUAUGCAACCUCCGCCUGGUUCCUCUGUUCCAUCCAUCAAAACAGAGCAUGGUAUUAUUAUUCCUCUUCUCUAUGUGGAUGAUAUGACCAUCACUGGCGAUGACAUAGUAGGUAUCUCUAAUCUCAAACAGUUUCUCAGUUACCAAUUUGAGAUGAAAGAUUUGGGUUUACUUAGCUACUUCCUCGGCUUGGAAAUUUCUCAUGAUCCUUCUGGUUACUUUCUCACCCAGGCCAAGUAUAUCUCUGAUCUCUUGAAUCAUGCUGGUUUUACUGAUAGCAAAACUAUUACUACUCCAGUGGAUCCUCAGACUCAUCUCACACCUCUGGAUGGUCACCUAAUAUCUGAUGCUACUUUAUAUAGUCAGUUAGUUGGCAGUCUUGUCUAUUUCACAGUUACUUGUCCAGACAUUGCCUAUAUUGUUUACAUUGUCAGUCAGUUCAUGGUUGUUCCUCGCUCUCCACACUAUGAUGCUCUAGUUCACAUUUUGCACUAUCUAAAAGGCACUAUGUUCCAUGGUUUUCACUAUUCAGCACACUCUUCUCUACAGUUACAUGCUUUUUCUGUUGCCGAUUGGGCAGGGGAUCCUACUGAUCGCCACUCUACUAUAGGGUUCUCCUUCUUCUUGGGUGAUUCUCUCAUUGCAUGGCGUAGUAAGAAGCAAAUUCCUGUUGCUCAUUCUAGUACUGAGGCUUAG